UAUUUUCAUAAGGAAAGCCAUGUGCCCUAACAAUAAAGUAUAAACGAUCGCGAGGUUAUAAAUGUACACAAAAUGGUAACAAUGUUGAAACCUGAACAUAAACAUAGUAGUAAACAUGAAAAUUGGGUUUAUUUAUAUUAUUAUUAGUAGUAAUUACUGGUUAAUUUAAUUUGUGUUAAUCAGAAUUGUCCAUCUAAUGUGUUUUAUGUUGCAUAUUUAAACAAAAAAAUGAAUAGCAGUCUGGCCCCUAGCAAGACAACAGUUUAUGUGUCUAAUUUGGCCUUUUCGCUCACAAAUAACGAUCUGCACAAGAUCUUUUCCAAAUUUGGCCAAGUGAUAAAGGUAACGAUAGUUAAAGACCAAUACAGGAGGAGCAAGGGGGUCGCCUUCAUUCAGUAUCUGGAUAGAGAGAGCGCCAUCCAGUGCUCCAAGUCAAUGGACGGUACAGAGAUGCACAGCAGGAGGAUAAAAUGCAGCAUGGCCAGAGACAACGGAAGGAGUUCCGAGUUUAUUAAGAAAAAGUUCUAUCCGGAUAAAAGCACGUGUUACGAGUGUGGCGAGGAGGGCCAUUUGAGCUACCAGUGUCCAAAGAACUCGCUCGGCUCGAGGACACCGCCCAAGAAGAAAGAGAGGAAAAAAAGGAAAAAGAGACAGGAAGAAAAUGAAUAUGAUGAAGAACGACAGACAGACGAAGAGGGCGAGGAGCCAGACAUGGAAACGCUAAGUGCUGUAAUACGACUGGAACAGGCUAAAUUUGAAAGUGAGAAUAAAUCUGAUUUUGUGAAGAAAAAAAGGAUUAAAAAAAACUCGUAUUUUAGUGAUGAAGAAGAACUUAGUGAUUAAAGACAUUUAGUGUAUUUUCUGUAAAUAUAAAGUAAUACAAUAUUA